UCGACUGUCCAUCGUAUUCGACCUUCCAUCUCUGUGUUCUUCCCGCAAUUUCACUCCUGUUCUUCAUCAAGGCAAGUCAAGCCCUAGUCAAACACUUGCUGUUUUCUUUUUCAUGAUAUGCCCUCUUCUUCCUGCUCACCGUCAGUACCAAGAAAACCCGAAGUCACAGUUCCAGAUUUCUCGAAAUCUAGGUUUCUUUUCUGAGUUUCGGUUAACCUUUAAUCGAUUUAGAUAAGUGGCACUGGCAUUUCUCGUUAUGUCGGACGCUUUAAGGGGUUUGGCGGCUUCAGAAGAACGCAAUAAAGUAGGACCAGAUUACUUCGGUUACUUUUUGCACGAAGUAGAACAGUUGAUCUCGCAAGAUGAGGAUACCCUGCUUUCAUCUUCUCCAAGCUCUUGUUUAUCUGAAAAAAAAUGUGCGGGCAUCAGAGAUAAGAAUACAGUUAAUGUCUCUGGUUCUUCUUUUAGUCAUUGCAUACUGCCUAGGCUCUCAGAUUCCAAAAAUGAAAGAUUGAAGCUAUUGCUGAAUGAGGCUUUGAAGUUGCUGACUUCAGAAGUUGAUCAGGUACUAGAACCUGUCAUAUCUAUGUGCCAGUUACAGUCACAGAUCCGAACCAAAAAGUGUAUGUCAAGUAAUGCAGGUCCAGUUUCUGAUGGUGGUGAAGACCGAGUUCCUCGUAAGAGACCCAAGUUGUCCUCUUCCUCAGAAACCGCGAUCUUUACUCAUGAUAGUCCAAACAAUUGUGAAUCUUUUGGAGAGGGUGAUGAUGAUUUGCAGUUUCUUCUGAAGAAUGACAGUUUGCUGGUUGAGGAGACAAUAAAGAAGCAUUCCGAUGAAUUAUCUGCAACGCUAGGGCACAUGGAGCAGCAGCUUGAGAAACUUCUUCAGACAGUGGUAUCAAAAUGCAGACCUAUGUCCCUAAAUGAGAAGCAGCAGCUUUGCAAACUUAUCCAAAAGCUACCGCCACAAAAUCUCAACCGUGUUGCUGAGAUUAUUCAACAGAGUAGGCCAUCAGAAAAACAGUAUUGUGAUGAAAUCUCUGUCAAUUUGGAAAAUGAGGAUAUUAUAACGCUCUGGCGAUUGUAUUACUAUGUUGAAGCAGUUGAGAAAGCUAAAAGGCUCUCAGCUAGCUCUAUCUCAACGUUGCAGGGUCAUUCUUAGCAGAUAGUCAAUAGGAAAAUCAUGCUCAAAUUCCACUGUACUGGAGACAUGGCUAUAAGUUUUGCAGCUGUAAGCGAGCACUUUGUGCAUUUUAUUAUGGCUUGAUCAAUAUUUUUUGGGAGGGUUGACAGAAGGAUCUUUUCAAGCCUCUACUCCUAGAGUUAGCAAGACCCAAUUCUUUCUGAUUGGACCAUAAUUGCAGUUGAGUAUAAAUGCACAAGUACUGACCAUUUGAACCCAUCACUUGGUGAUUCCCCAGCAAAUCCAACCAUAAUGUUACCCCAAGUAUAGGCGAACACUGUAUAUGCGUGGAUAUCCUUACCCCAAAAUUUUAGUUCAACAUGUUGAUAAAUUCUUGAGUCCGGAAUUCUUUUGCA